AUGUCCCACCACACCACCAAUAUCGAGGAGGAGGAGACCUUUGCUCCCAUCUAUGCCAACCAGGAGGACUUCGACCCUAACGACACCGUCAGCUCCUUCCUCAACACCUCAUACGACCCCACUCGUCUGCACCCCCUGGCCGGCCUUGGUGGUGGACUCGACUACCUCAACCUCGAGGACAGCGAUGGUCUCCCAGGCACACAGAACGGCGUCGUGCCAAGCAGAGGCUGGGCCGAUGACCUCACCUACGGAACUGGUGUCGCCUAUAUUACUGCUUUGAGCAUGGGAGGUGCCUUUGGAUUCUAUGAGGGUCUCCGUUCAUCCCCAAGCCCUGCCAUCAAGAUCCGUCUCAACACUGUCUUGAACGGCAUGACCCGUCGUGGACCUUUUAUCGGAAACUCGGCCGGUGUCAUGGCUUUGAUGUACAACGGAGUCAACGGUAUCAUUGGCAAGGCUCGUGGCUACCAUGACCCCUUGAACUCGAUCGCUGCUGGCGCCAUCACUGGUGCUGUCUUCAAGUCGACCGCUGGUUUGCGUGCCGCUGGAUCAGCAGGAGGUGUUUGCGCAGUGGCAGCUGGUAUCUGGGCCUUUGGCAGAGAGAAGUUCAUGUAA